AUGAGCGAUGAAUAUGAUGGGUCUAAAUAUCUUGCAACUGUUGAUGCGAUACUAAGUGUAGCGGAUUUAGAACUGAUUACUGUUAAGAGAAUACGUAAUGCACUUCAAGAAUUAUUUGGAGUAGAUUUACUGCCUCACAAAGUAUGUAUUAGGAAGCAGCAGACGUCACAAACAGCAAUGUAUUAUACUAACAGACAGAAACAAAUCAAUGCGUUGAUUAAGACCAGGUACUGGGAUUUAGCAGAUAAGCGAAAGGCUGAAGAGGAAGACGAAGACGACGAAGAAGAAACAUCGACCACCAAAGUCAAAGUUAAGUCCGAUAGCGAACGGUUGAAGGAAAUUGAAAAGAAAGAUGCCCUCUUGGCUGCCAAACUUCAACGAAUGGACUCCAAACGAUAUUCCACUCGAUCAGUUGAUAAGCCACGAGAAACAAAGAAGAUUAUAACGAAGAAACGUCAACUCUCCACCAAACAAAAGAACACAGGGUUUAAUAAGGAAAUGGCACUCUCGCCUGAGCUAUCACAAGUUGUUCAGACCAAUCUGUGUUCUAGACCGCAAGUGGUGAAGUUAAUGUGGAAAUACAUUAAAGAGAGUGAACUACAAGACCCUACGGAUAAAAGGAAGAUUAUCUGUGAUGAAAAAUUAAGAGCAUUAUUUAAAAAACCAUCGGUUGGAGCGUUUGAAAUGAAUAAGAUCCUUUCUAAACAUAUAUUCCCCAAAGAUGACACUCAAACAGAGUCCAAGAUCAACGGUGAAAAAUCACCACCAUAUCCAAUUACAGCUUCUAGCGAGGAACCUGGUAUGCAAUCGGAACUACUGGACAUGUCAGAUAUUGACUCUUCAUAA